CCGCGGCGGGAUGGGGCGGCUCGGGGCCCGCCGCCUCUUCCUGCUCGCCGCCUGCCUGGGGCUCUGCGGGGCGCGCGGGGCGCUCGGAGCAUCUUUUUAUGGUGAAAGUUAUGUGGAGCUCAACAUCAUAGAAGUUUCCUCUGAGUUAUCUCUUCAAUUAAAAUUUCAAACCAGCAAACCACGGGGAUUACUUUUUCUUGCAGCGGGGAAAAAUGACUACUGUAUUAUAGAACUUCUAUCAGGAAACUUACGGGUGAGGGUGAAUUUGGGUGCAGGUAAACAAGUGCUCCUUUCUGAGGAAAGACUUCGUACAGAUGACCUGGUUUGGCAUUUAGUGGAACUGUACUAUGUUAAAAACAAUGUCUCUCUGGUUAUUGACAAACAUUAUGAGACAACGGGCCAUAUCACCGGUGAGGUGCACAAUUUGCACUUUCAACACGGAAUCUACAUAGCAGGCCACGGUGGACUUGACGUCCCUUACCUGAAUGGAGAGCUCCCCAAUUUCCGCGGAUGUAUGGAGGAUGUGCUAUUUAACCAGGAGGCGAUCCUGGCAUCCCUUAGAUCUUACCCUGGCUUUAAGAAGGUUUAUGAAGUGUCACUAGGAUGCAGUGACGAAUUUUUUGCAGGAGAGGAUGAAGCCAUCAAUUUCUUCAGCUCCAGAUCCUAUGUCACCUUCCCAGAAUGGAAGGUGCCAGGGGAAGGGCUAUUGGAAUUUGCUUUACAGACUGGAACUCAACAAGCCUUACUUUUAUUUCAGUCAGGUAGAGAAGGAAAUUUCGUUGCUUUGGAAAUAGUUAACGGUCUAUUGAGGGCUCAUGUAGGAUGGAGCAAAAGCAACACCCAGCUCUCUUCAUUUAGCUUAGUUAGUGACAACAAGUGGCACGUUAUUCAACUGAAGUUCACUGGAAGUUAUCUGGCCCUGAUGGUGGAUGAGCAAGGGGUAAGGACAUUGCUGCCUUUGCAAAGCAAGCCAUUUGUAUCUGAAGGCCCCCUCUUUGUGGGAGGUCUUAAUGCCCGUAAGGGAGAAGAAGUUAAGAAGUUAGGAUUUGCCUCUGUGCCUAAGAAAUCUGCUCGAGGAGUUUCUUUCAAAGGAUGCUUAAGAGGCUUGGAAGCCAACUCAGAAAAGAGAGCAUUGAAGGAUGCCCUUGUUUCCAAAGAUAUAGCUGCUGGGUGUAAAACGAGGAGUAGUGAUAAUGAAAAUCCUUUCAUAACGACAAUGGAAAACCUGCUUCAGUCAGAAGUUCCCCUUUCCACCACCGUCGUUGAGGCAGGCAAGCCUUUUUUUCAAGAUGCGAGUAGCUAUUUCUUGAGCCUGAGUAACUUGGAGAUCCAAGAAGGUGGGCGAGCCUUACUGGAACAAAGGCAUAUGAAAGUGGAUGUGGAAUCUGAAGAUUUGGGUGUCCAUCAUUCUCAAAUUCUAUUUAAAAUAGAGGAAAUGCCCCUUCACGGGUUCCUUCAAUUAGAUGUUUCCCCUGUUCCCGAAAUGGAGAAAGCUUUCACGAUGUUAGAUUUGAGGCAAGGGAAAGUUUGGUAUGUCCAUGAUGGUUCAGAAGAACCUAGGGAUUUUUUCACAUUUUCAGUCUCUUCCAACAGCAAGCAGAAAAUUCCAUUUUAUCUGCAAGGCCAUGUUCCAUAUGUGUUCAACAUUACUGUCAUUCCAGUAAAUGACCCCCCACACCUUAAGCUCCCCGAAGGAAACUUGCUUCUCUUGUUUGAGAAUUCUAAGAAACGACUGACUCCAAAUAUAAUACACGUGUCAGACCCUGACACAGAUUCCUUGAGUCUUAGUUUCUCCAUUCUUGGCAACUUCAAUUCAGAUGCUGGGUUUGUAGAAAACACCAAUGAUCCUGGGAAAGCGAUUAAUGGUUUUACACACGGGGAUUUAAGAGAUGGCAACAUUUUCUACGUGCACAGAGGUCCUCGGAACUCCCGGAUCCUUCUGAGAGCAAGUGAUGGAGAGCUGGUUAGCAAUACAGUAGUGUUACGGGUCAUGGCUGUUCCUUGGGGCUUUGAAGUGGCCAUUAGAACCGGUGUCGUUGUCCAGCAGGGUGGCACAGUUCUGAUUACACAGAGUAACUUGUCGGUGGAGGUUAAUGGUGAACCGCACGAGAUGGAGACCCGCUAUGCUAUCACUCAGCCACCCCAAUUUGGCCAGAUUCAGCGGCAGGGGUCAAGUGGCGAAUGGAAACAAGUUAGUACCUUUUCUCAGCAUUCCAUUGAUCGGGGUCAGGUCCGGUACCAUAGUACAUUUCGAGAAUUACAGCUAGGAAAUGUUACAGAUCACUUUAAAUUUAAAGUUAACAUAGAAGGAAAAGUCAGCGAGGAGCUAAUGUUUCCGAUUACCGUACGGUGGCUAAAGUUUACAUUUCUCAAAAAUGUUCCUCUUAAGGUCAGUAAAAUAAGCAGACAAGUAUUGAAUUCUGAUCAUUUGCAGGCUGUGACAGAGGGUGUGGACGUAGCUCAGAAGGAACUGCAUUUUAAGUUGCUGACCCCACCUAAGAAAGGAAAAUUGCUACUUGGCAAUAAAGUGCUAAAAACAAACUCAGUCUUCAGCCAACAAAACAUUACAGACUCUAAGAUAAGUUACGAGCCACAGGAGAGGCCCAGGGAAGACACAGAAGAUACCUUUAGGUUCUUGAUUGCUGCGAAGCACAUAGCAUCAAAAGAUUAUACUUUCAGAAUAAACUUCGAAGCAGAUAAGACACGCAUUACUGUGACUAACAGAGGAUUAUUUGUAAAAGAAGGAGAAGGGAAAUUAAUUACAAAAUCAGAAUUAUUUGCUCAAACACUGGACAAUCAGACCUUCCAAUAUAAAAUCACCCAGAGUCCUCAACACGGGAAGCUGAAACUGAUUAACUUGUCAAAUCCUUUGAGAAGUCAUGACAAUAUCACCGCAUUCACUGAUCAAGACCUAGUGGGCGAGCGACUGAUGUAUGUCCACGAUGAUUCUGAGACCCAGUGUGAUGAAUUCCUCCUUGUGGCCUCUGCCAUAGCACCAGGCCAAGACGGAGUGGUCAGGGAUCUUGACACAGAGCAUUUAUCUACAGAAAUCAAAGUUACCAUUUCUGUAGGGUUAAAGAAUGAUGAGAAGCCAGUGCGCGUGGUAGAUAGGGUCUUUCAUGUUGUGAGAAAUGGCCAGCGCCUGCUGACCCUGGCAGAUCUCUGUUACCAUGACCCCGACUCAGAUUUUGAUGAUGGGCAGUUGCUCUAUACCCGGCGGGGCAUCCCAAAUGGGGACUUGGUGACAGCCAGUGACCUCUCUCAGAAACUAUACCAGUUCAGGCAACAUGACCUUCAGGAAGGGCGAGUGCUCUUUAGGCAUCGGGGUGCAGACUCUGCUCGCUUUGUGCUGUUCGUGACGGAUGGUGUCCAUUACACGUCCUUCCUUCUAGAAGUCAGUGCCUCAGACCCUUAUGUCCAGAUAGCCAACAACACGGGGUUGCUUGUACAGAGAGGAGAGGGCAGCAGCCUCACAGCAGCUAACCUCAGUGUCACCACGAACCAAGAUAUCAGAACGGACCACGAGAUUGAAUUCCACAUGGUACAGCCCCCAAAGCAUGGCCGAGUGCUGGUCAACCACUCAGUGUCCCGCUCAUUUUCCCUGCACGACGUGAAACAAGGCUAUGUGUUUUAUAGGCAUGACGGCAGAGGCAAUUCUGAUAUGUUCAACCUGACAGUGAGAGUUAAAGAGGUGUAUGUAGACGUAGGCAUCUAUGUGCGCAUGUACUCUGAAAACCACCAACAUGGCACCCAAAUUCUGCUCCAGACCCUUGUUGUUGAAGAAGGAAAACCAGUAAAACUGAAUAGAGGAAGACUGCAGGCUGUGCAUGAAGAUAAUAUUCCUGCAGAGGCAAUGUUCAUCGUCAGAAUUCCGCCGAUGCAUGGAUACCUCCGAAAAUCUUUACCUGAAGAAGGCAGCUUGGGUGCAGAUGAAAAGUCCCCUCUGAUUUUUACACAACAGGAUAUUGAUGAUGGCAAUAUCCAUUAUGUACAGAUAGCUCCUGAGCAACAACAGGACCAUUUUUUACUGGAUGUGGUGAGUGGUAUCCAAGCUGUGAAUGGAAUUGAAAUUUUGGUGGAUAUCGUCCCUAAGCGGAUUCCUCUGGAGGUACAGAAUUUCACAGUCCAGGAAGGUGGUUCCAAAGCACUUCUGGAAGACUAUCUCAAAAUUCCAAGCAAAUAUUUUGAGGGAGUUGACUGUGAAUUUGUUCUGCUCAAACCACCACAACACGGUUAUGUUGAAAAUUCUAAUUUUCCAAGAAUAAAGCUAAUGAAGUUUACCAGGAAACAGGUGGAAAAUGAAGCGAUUUACUAUGUGCAUGAUGAUAGUGAGGAGCUUCUUGACAAUUUCACCAUCUUUGCAAAUAGCUCAGAGCUUGGAAAACAGAGUUUGCCCCAAACUCUUUUUGUAACUGUGGAAUCAGUAAAUGAUGAGGCUCCAAUAAUAACAGCCAACAACAUCCUUCAGGUAUGGGCGAAUUCUGUCACCGAGAUUACCAGUGGGGACCUCUGUGCGGAAGAUGAGGACUCCUCCCCACAGGACCUCAUCUACUGGGUCAGUCCACCCAGCAACGGGCAUUUGGCUCUCAAGUCCUUUCCUGGCCAAAGCAUCCAGAACUUCACCCAGGCUCAAAUCAACAAGGGCCUGCUAGUGUUUGUACACACUGGAGCCAUGUCAGGAGGCUUUAACUUUCAGGUUACUGAUGGUUUGAACUUUGCACCGCGACAAAUAUUUAGCAUCACCGCUCGAGCCCUGACCAUUAGCUUAGAAGUAAACCGAGGAUUGAGCAUCUUUCCAGGGACGCAAGUGAGCCUUGCUCAGUUGGCUUCUCCACUAGCCACUGAAGGAUGUUGGUCUCUGCUGCUGUGUGAAGGUUCCACGAAACCCCUUUCAUCCGGUGACCUGAGAGCUGUGACCAAUGAUGCGGACAGCACAGGAAACAGAACUGUAACUUUUACGGUUAUAAGUUCCCCUAGACUUGGGAGGUUGGUGCGAGUAAAUUCUGACAACAGCACAGAGGAUGUUUCCGUGUUUACGCAGACUCUGGUCAGUGAACGACUGAUAUUAUAUCAGCAUGUGGACCGUGAGAACACUGGCUGGACUGCAGAAGACUCUUUCACAUUCACGACAUCCUCCCCACCAGCAGCUCUAGGCCCUGAGGAGUUUCGUAUUACUAUAUCAUAUGAAAUUACUGAACCUGGUCGGCAUAGUCGUCUGCUUGCAAAUACAGGAGCUGCCGUCAAGGAGGGAGACAAAGUUCUCAUUGGCCAAUCUAAUUUAGAUGCUUCCAACCUCUUACUGAAAUUACCCAAAUCACAGCGAUCUUCCUAUGAGAUCUGGUUCCAGGUUAUAUCUCUUCCUCACCAUGGAACCCUUAUGGUUGGAGAGAGGAAUAUUACCAAAGGAAAACCCAAUUUCUCCCAGUAUAUAGUUAAUAAAUUUGGAAUCAUAUACCUUCACGAUGACUCUGAAUCACUGGCUGAUAAUUUUACCUUUGCCGUUUGGCCAAAUCAAAAGAGCAAGUCUGCCACCAAGCCAAAGGCUGACUUCCUUGAAGAGAUGUUUAACAUCACCAUCUCUCCUGUUAAUGACCAGGCACCAGCAUUAAAGACAAAGGGGCUUCGGUUGAAAGUUCUACAGGGCAACAGGUUAGUUGUGGGACCUGAAAAUCUGAGAGUGGAAGAUCUAGACAGUCCUCCAGAGGAGAUCAGAUAUAUGAUCAUCCGUAAUCCUAAUAAUGGAUUUUUGGCACUGGCUCACCAUCCAGACAUACCUGUUCACCAUUUCACACAGGCCGACAUUGACAACUCUAGGGUUUUAUUCAUUCAAGAUGGAAGCCCAUCCUCAGGCGUGUUUUACUUUAGUGUGACCGAUGGUCAACACCGCCCACUCUAUAAGCUCUUCCACCUGGAUGUCAUCCCCAUCUCCAUCACCCUUGUGAACCUCACUGACCUACUUCUCCCACAAGGCCAGACAAUAGUUCCUAUCACCAAUACUCAUCUGUCAGCAAUGACCAAUGGGAGAAGCCCCCAAAUCACUUACAAGAUGACAUGGCCGCUCCAACAUGGGCAUCUGCUCAUGGAAAACCAGGUGGUCAUCAGCUUUGGGCAGGAGGAUCUACAUUCAGGAAGACUCUCUUACCAUAUGACAAAUCUCACUGCCUCUGGGGACCAGCUACAUUUCUCACUGUUUACACCAGAAAGCAACCUUACAGGACAAACACUGAGCAUCAGAGUGCAGCCUCUACUGUGGGUUAUGUCAAACUUGACCAUUGCCAACAGAGUGGUUUAUCAGCUGAGAAGAAAGGACCUUGAUGCUACUGAGCUUGCUAAUAGGACUAAGAGUGAUCCCCAAUUUGAAGUGACAGAACCCCCUGUCCAUGGAAGACUUGUACGAAGAGUGGGCCGAGGUGCUGAAAUGGAAAACGCUACUGUAUUCACUCAGAGGGACAUUGACCAAGGAUUGUUAAUGCUGAAUCCACAUGCCAACUUAACAGGCAUCGAUAUGGUGAAUGACUCCUUCACUUUCCUGCUCAGGGCAGACCAUGUACAGCCAGCAAUAGGUUAUCUCCCCUUCACCAUAGUGCCACCUGACCCCUUACUCUUGCAAACAUUUAUCCCUGAUGUUUCUUUACUAGUCACUUCCAAUAACCUUGUGACUUCAGAUUUCUCUCAGGAAAAGCUUGUGGUUUCCUCAGGACCCACAGUACAGGCAGAAACUUUAGGGAAGCUGACUCAGGCCAGGCAGCAGCAAGCAGAUCCCUGGGGACGACACCAUGGUCAAGAGCCUACAAUGGACAGCAGAGCCUCUCUAACUAGGAUCAUUUGGCCACCAAACACCACCGACGCCAGUCCUCAGGCACCCACCCAACCCAGGGAGAGCAAUUAUCCUGUGAUGGUCAUUGUACCCUCGGCUGUGGUGAUCUUCCUGCUGAUAGUAACUGCCGUGACCUUGUGUAUCCAGAUGCUGGGCCGGAGGGCAGAAAAGGCAAAACCUCUCAUCAAGCCCCUGACCAAUCUGGAAACUACAACCCCAAGUCCUAGGCCAGAAAGGAGCAUAGCUGUUCCCACUGUCACAGUGACACCCCUUCUAAAAAGCUCCAGCAGUCCUCCAGUCAGUCUUUGCAGGGACCCACUAAGUGGGCAAAUGGCUUCUCCAGCUACUGAGCCAGUGGAGAAAUGUGCUCCUUGGGAGACAUGGAUGAAUCUGGAUCCUGACAUGGUCAAGCUCUGCCGACAAACCAACCCAACACUGAAGCACAACCAGUAUUGGGUGUAGACUGAGGGCUCUUGUUCCUGAGUGACCGCCUGCUGUACUGGGAUAGGUACUGGGAUCCAAAGGCAAAGGAAUGCUGGGUGAAUCAACUGAGAAAAGCUUGGCCGUGACAGUCACUCAGUGCUCAGUUAUCGUCCCGUGGUUAGAUGUUGGCAAGUGUUUAUUGUAACGCGUACAACACUCUUCUGAUGGGCUCUCCACAAUGAGCUUUGUAUGCUCUCUUCUGGACCUGACUCUGAGUAUAAGGUUGUGUCAGUAUUUAAGCCCUUUACCAAAGUGCUACCAAACAUGCUGGCCUAACUGGGAACAGCAGUAUUAACUUGGGUGCUAGAGUUAAUGGAGGAAGACUUUGCAUAUUUCUCACUGAGGAUUCACUCUCUCUGAGUGAGUCAGCAAGGAAAUGCAGGAACUGUUUCAGCAAGUAGAAAAGGUAAUUUAGCAAAUCAGCAAGUUUGUUUCUAGUGUAUUUCUAUAAUGUAUUUUCCUCCUUGGAGCCCGUAGGUUUGACUUCUUGUGCAGGAAAUGCCUUGGUGCUCUGGAUAGUAGGACAGCUUGACUCCCUUUGAAGUAUUCGCUGAGCAUAUUGUGUUUCAUCGAGAAGAUUUAUCUAUUCUGACUUGUAAAACCAAGUCUGUAGUACAAAUAUGAUUUGAAGCCCUAAAGAAUAGAAAAGGCUGUUAAACACAUUUGUGAUGACUCGAUUUGGCUUAACAUCACGAUGAAUUGAAAUAAUGGCAAAUUUGUACCUGACUUGUCUGGUUGAGCCUACCAUUGGCUCAACUGAUUCAAACCUGUUUUGAUAACUCUAAAAUGAAGAUAUCAGUACUUGUAUUAGUUACGAAUGCUUUAGGUUACAAAUCACAGGACAUUAGCUAUGAGUCGUUUAGAUUGGAGAUUGGCAAACUUUAUUCGUGCAGUACCACAUGGUAAAGAGCUUAGACUUUGCGGGCCAUGUAUGGCUGUUUAUUUUUCACAACCUUCAUUUUCUUAACAAAGUUUUAAAAAGGUAGAAACAAUUCUUAGUUCUUGCCUUUGACCCACAAAUCAGUUUGCCAACUAUUGAUUUGGCUAAGCAAUAAAAGUCUUGCAACUACCAAGUAGCCUGAGGUGGACAUUCCGAGGCCGGUUCAACAGUCCAAAGAUGUCAUCAAGUACUGAAACUCUUUUGUUCUUUCUCCUCUACCUUCCUCAAGCUGUUGGAAUUCUGUUUUUCAUUUUUGUUUUUGUUUUUGUGUUUUGGCUUAGUUCCUUGUGAUUGUGAGGUACCUGCUAAUGCUCUAAGCAGUACAGUCACGUUCAAAGGCAGACAUUCUAGUGGGAAAAAAACAGAUAUGGCAAAAAGACUUUUUCUUAGGAUCUUAUUUAUUAUUAUUAUUAUUAUUAUUAUUAUUAUUAUUUUAAUCCUGUAAGGGUAGGCCUUCCCAAACAUCUUCCCCCUUGUAUGUCUCAGUCUAGAACUGAGCAAUGGGAUUCCCAUCUCUGGAACAACCAUUUGGCCAAGAAAUGGAAUUCUUCUGACUGACGAUCUUUCCUGGGGCUGGGAGAGGAUUCUGCCAUGUCAGAGAUCAGUGGAUGACCCCACCCUGUAAUUAGGGGAGGCUGGAGGAUGGCAAUUAGUUAAACAGUGAAUAAGAUCUAUUAAAGUACUCUUCAAAUAUGAACUACUUGGGAAAUAAGCAUUUUGAUCUUUCAAAUGGAUAUCUACUUUAGUAUCUCCUUUUCAUAUUUUAAUGAUUUUCUUAAAGCCAGCAACUAGGGAGUCUAGAGUGGAAGGAACAACUUCUUCUGGCGGGGGCAUUUGGCAGUGUCUGGAGACAUUUUUGGUUUUCACAACAGGUGCUGUUGGCAUCCAUUGAGUGCAAACCAGAGAUGCUGCCAGAUAUCCAACACCGCAUAGGACAGCCCCCCAAAAGAAUUACCUGAUCCAAAAUUUCAACAAUGCCAACGUUGAGAAACCCUGGUUAAAACCACAAUGAAGAGUUUUCUUGUCUACCCGAUGAAGGAUUAAUAAACCCAUUACCAAAUGUAAGCAGCAACUAUAUUCUAAAAACAGAAUAAAAGGGUGAAAAUUCUAUUGUACGGUUGAAACUCUGCUUGGCAAAUUUUUUUUUAAAGAGGAUGUAUUUAAAAACAAAGCUUGAGGGCAGAUUCAUUCCUUCAUAUUCCUUGAUAAAAGAAAAAGAUUUUACCUUGUGUUAACAGGUGGAACACAUCGGGAGGGACAAAAAUCGAUAUUUACAAAGGUAAAGAUGAGGUCAAAGUGUUCCCCAAAGUCGAAUGGCCUCAGAUGUGUUCCAUGUGGACAAGAAUUUUUUCUCAUCCUUUCCCUUUUCUGCUUCUCUGGGUUGCUUUUCUGUCCCAACCCAAUUUUAACGGCUCUCUGUGGAAACAGACUUCAUAAUCUACAGACCAAAUGGAAGGACAGCAUAUUUGGACCUAGAGAUGACUAAUCAUGUCUUAGAUCUCUGGUUCCAAUGCUGGUGCUAAAGAAAUCUUACCUACUCUUCUUCCUAAAGUGAUUCCCUCCUGUCUUUCUGUAUUAUUGAAUUAUAUGUAGCCCCUUUCAAGUGUUUUUGGACUUGAUCCCCUUAGAAAGGAGGACUGUGAGUCUUAACCCAAGGUUGGUUUGAUCACUAUGCAACUCAGAAUUAUUCUUUUUUUUUUCUUUUUCCUUUUUUUCAAUUUAAAUCCAAGUUAGCUAACAUAUAAUAUAAUAAUGUUUUCAGUAAUAGAAUUUAGUGACUCAUCACUUACAUAUAACACCCAGUGCUCAUCCCAACAAGUGUCCUCCUUAAUGUCCCUUGCCCAUUUAGCUUGUUCUAAGGAGCCAGGUGCUCAGAAGGAACAGAAUGGCAGUAUGUGCUUGAGCUUGUACACAGAAAGGGAAGGCUGAGGAACAUCUUUGCAUCCAGUUAAGUGGGUUUUCUUUUCUCUCGGCUGGGCAAGGAGACUGCCCGUUCUUUGUGGAAGAGCCAGAUGUAGUUGGCUCCAUGACCAUGUUGGCCUCUUCCUUGCUUCAGCUAUGAGAUCUGUGAAGCUUAUCAGCCUGACCAAACAAAAAAAUAUGAUUUCCCUUCCCCUUUCCUGUUAACUCUGUAACUUCAUAAAAAUAAAAUUAGUGUCCGUAUUGGAAUUAAAUAGACACAGAUGCUUUGAAAUGAGAAUUCACGGUGUCUGUGAGUGUGCCUGCCAAAGCAAGACCAUCAGUGUGAGGUACAGAUGUCAAGACUCAGUAAUUAAUAGAGUAAUUAAUAUAGAGCUUGGAAAGUUUUCCAGAGCAUCUAGAAUAGUCUUCUGAUUUGCAGAUGGAUUCAAUUUUUAAAAAUGCCUACCAUUUGGUGCUGGCUCAAAUAAAAAAUGAAAUAAAAAGUUUUGGCAAAUU